ACGGGUCUUCCGACGGGCAAAUCAUAUCUGGGAGAUGCACACGGCAUAAAACAGCAAUGCUAUUAUAACUCUACGGGUAAUCUUUAAUUCAAAACAAUGCAAUGUGAACGGAGAAGAUGGACAAUGCGAUGGCAGAUAUUCUUAUUUAUAUUCACCGCAUUCAUAAUCCUACUGGAAAGAGUUGCGCUUAUCUUCUCCUCAGUACAUCUCUUCUUGAUCGGCCAGAGACUCUGGGCAUGGCAGGUAUUGGGCCUUAUGAUUCCUGGGUCGGUGGUUCAGGUCCUCAGCUACAGGUGGUCCACGUCAGAGAGAAAGAAUGGGCCAGUGUGCCAGAUAUUCACUCACGUAUUGCACAUGGGUAUAUUCACCAGGCUGUGGAGGUGCGUGAGAGACCUGUGGCGUCACCAUCAGCAGGACAAGCAGGAUGCGGCUGGUGGUGUGAGUGGCCUGGACUUGGCUGUGCAGCAGGCAGAAGUGGCAGCCUUGCGCUUGCUUGAGGGUCUAGCCAUGAGUGGCCCUCAGACCCUACUGCACACCUACGUCCUCCUCAGCUCUGCAGAAGGCCUCUGGUCGCCCGUUUCCCUCUCGUGUGGGCUGUGCCUGCUGUCGCUGAGCUGGGCUCUGGUCCUCUACAGCCGGGCGUUGGCUCUCCUGCGCCCGGGUCACGUGCCCAUGCCACCCGCCGCCGUCCUGUGCCAGCUGAUCUGGAGGAUGAGCAUGCUGGGGGCCAGGAUCGUCAGCCUUGUGUUCUUCGCCAGGGUCUUCACCUGGUGGCUCUGCGGGGUCAUAGGUUUCCACUGGCUGGUUGCAUCGUUCUGGAUGGUCUCCCAGCAAACAGACAUCUGCAGGAGUCCUGGGCUUUGGCGUCUCUUCAACGGCGCCAUGGGAGCCGUUCACAUCUUUUUCUUCCUCAACGUGAAGGAUGGUCCCAGCAGGAUCCGCAUGGCAGUCUUCUACACGGUAAUGCUUCUGGAGAACUUUGCUCUGCUGAUGACGGCAUCUGAUAUAAUGGCUGAACCUUCCUGGGGCACCUUGUGUAUUCCAACUGCCGUGUUGUGUAGUUUUCUUAUUGGUCUUCUGUCCGUUACGGUGUAUUAUCGAUUCCUACAUCCUAAAUCCACCGAGAUCCUGCAGAGCCUCCACCAGAGCCGCACAUCUCAGGCCAUCCAGGAACAUGGCUCCUCAUUGAGGGAGAAGACGAGCGGACCACCAGAGUGCUCCGUCGAUAGGCAUGGAACCUUCUCCAUCACAGGCUAUGCUCAUACUCUGGAGCAGUCGCACCAGUCACAACCACAACCAUACAUGGAGGAGGGACCUAGCAUGAUCCACAGACACCGGCACUGGUUCUUGGUCUGUCUUGCGGUCAAGACCGGGGACUGGAAUAAGGUGAACCUCAUCUAUGGUCCCGAGGGCUUGGCUUCUUUGCUGCGUGUGGAGGAGGAGGAGGCGAGUCCAAAGUCCACAGAUGGGCAGGCAGAUGCAGAGGCUGGUCUUAAGCACGAUAAUGGAACGCAGCCGUUAGCUGGAACAGACACUGCGCAAAAACAUGACAAUGGGGAAGAACUUUUGGAUAAAAAGGAGAGCCAAUUUGUGACUGUCAGUACAUCUGUCCGCCAGAGCUUUACUAUGGAAGAUGACAGGGGAGGCGACGGAGAUGGCCAGGAGUUCUCCGGUUCUGGAACCAAACGGGAAUGUCCAGAGGGGAGUUCCAGUCUGGAGAGGAGUGUGGACGUAGCCGAUUGUGACGUGGACGACUCCGACACCACGAUCUACUUCAGUGCCGACCCCAACACGCCGCACUGCACGGCGGUGGCCAAAGACGCCAACCUGCAGGCCAUGGCGCAGCUCUCGCCUGUAGCCAAACAAGAAGCGCCGGCAGCAGCCCAGUGGGGAGCCAAAGAGUUCCUGAGUAGAGAGCCGUGCUUCACCUCCACCCCCAAACAUGGCCUCAAGGUUGAGGGGCUAAAUGGGCCUCGACCAACACGGAUCAGAAGGCAGGUCCAGUUCAAGUAAAGAUUCUUUCUAAGGUACUUAUUCUAGGCAGCAACACAAUCUCUCAGAAUUCCGUGGAAUGCGGAAUUCUGAGAGAUCAGUCAUAAUACUUCUUUUAUGGAAUUUCUAACGGUUGGCUGUUAUCACAAAUAAUCAGGAACUAUUUCAAAUGCAUCAUCAUACACAUGUCAUUGUGGCCCAUCAGCUGUGAGGACUUAAUUACAUGCAUUGUAAAUCAGAUUGUUUUGGAAAAUUUUAUGAUAUCAACCUUGAUCUUCUGAAAAUUAAUUUACUCAACUGUUCUGUUACACUGGUUUGGCAACAACUGGACUAAAGUGUAAGAUGUAGUCUUACAACGAUAUGCAUAAUGACUCAUAUAAAGCAUUAUUGGUGCUCAUGAGUUAAACGUACAGAAUGUCCACAACUCUCCAAGGGGUACAGUAAGCGUAUCUCUGUUGAGUAACUUAACAAAGGCAACAAUAUACACAUACGCACAAUUAUUUUUUGUAACAGGACGUCUUAAUUCGUUAAGACAUGGCCCCUGUUAUAAAUGCCAAUUACCAAGUCAGGAUGUGUUACUUAAGACCUUGUGUCAUGACGUAGUAAUGUAGUAUAAACUGUGUAUACUAUAGUUUAUACUUAUGUAGUAAAGUCUUUUCAAUGACUACAGUGUUCCACUGGUGGAACGGCGCACAUUAUGACGCGACUUUGGGCUGUUCAAUUAAUUUUGUUGUGUGGGAGACUACUUUUGGCAAACCACUACUUGUUUGCAUAAUUUUUUUUUUCACAUCUAGCUGCUACACUCUAUAAGCUUAUACAGUAGAAUAGCUGUGUUUAUAGAACAGCUAUGUUUUUUCUACUUACUUUUUAUACUUUUUUGUGUGUUUGUUUUCAUAGUAUAUUUUUUAUACACAAGCCACUUUUUUAAUGACAAACUGCAUAAUGCAGCGUUCAGAUCCGUCUUUUAGGAGAAGUAGAAGCAGUAUGUCACAUUGAACAAUGGGGAAGAUGUUCUGUGCAGCUGUACAAUGUACUCCAUACUGUAAAAAUGUUAUAUUGAGUUUAUUUUGUCUAUUAUUAUUGUCACAUACGUAUACGUAUUUAAUCUAUAUAUAUCAUAUACGUAUUUAAUCUUUAUAUAUUUUAUUACUUAAGAAAAUAUAUUUUUGCGUAACUUGCCAUGUAUGGUUCUAUACAUCUUUGUAAGUCAUUUGUAUUUGAAAGGCCAUUUGCAUUUG